AUGGUGACAGGGAGCGACCCAGUUGAGUCUUUUUUCAAUUCCGUUCAGGUUAUGAAGGAAUCGCUGUCGCCACUGGAAGUGGGUUUUCGGAAGGCGGCGAAGGAUCUCGAGCAUUGUUUGGCAGGGCCGAAGAACAAGGUCAAUGGUGUUUGUUUGAUUGCCCCAGUGAGGGAAGGUAGUGAAUUUCAGAUCUGUGAUGUGAAGAAGAAGAAGGGGUUGUCAGUGAAGGUUCCUUUGAAGGCUUUCUGGGGCAUGUUUUCACAGAAUUCAGGGAAUGGUGGUAGUAGUAAUAGAGCUCAAGUGGGUAAGGAAGAUGGGCCUUCUUGCACCAAUUGUUUGCAGUUUGCUGUGACGUGGUCUAUGUUCGUUAAUGGGUUCCUUCAGUCUCUGCCACUUCCUUUCAAAUCUGGGAAGAAGAAGUGCCAUAAAGUGUGUGAUGGAGAUAAGCUGUGUUUUUGCAUGAAGCCAACUGUUUCAUCAUGUGAGGUGAAGCAGAAUGAAUCUAAGGGGGCUCAGUUUGGUCAAGCAGUUUGGGAGAAGGGUGUGAAGAAGAAGGAUGAGAAGCAUGUUUCACUAGAGUGCCUUAUAGGUUUUAUCUUUGAUCAGUUAUCUCAGACUGUUCAGAGUCUUGAUCAUGGGUUGCAAGAAAAUAAUGAUGACCUUGACUCUGGGAAAACUUGCCUGCCCCAUCAUUCUUUUCCUCAUUUUGGUAAUGUGAAUGCACUUACAGGUUUCUUGGAGGAGCACAAAGUACAUGUCAAUGGUUUCUUUGGGAAUUUGAGGUUUGCAAAGGUGGGUGGCGUGCCAUCAACCGUGCCUGGGGAAGAGAGCCCUUCAACAAACGGGGAGGGAGAUAAUAGUAAUAAUAAUAAUGGUGAUGGCGGUGGUAAUAAUGAAAACAAGGAUGAAAGCGGAGGAAAUUCGCCACAGAAGGUUGCCAACAACAUAUUCAGUAUUCCUCUCUCGAAUGUGGAGCGUCUAAAGUCUACACUUUCGACAGUUUCAUUGACAGAAUUGGUUGAACUGCUACCACAACUGGGAAAAACAUCUAAAGACCAUCCUGAUAAGAAGAAAUUAAUCUCGGUGCAGGAUUUUUUUAGAUACACAGAGGCUGAAGGGAGGAGGUUCUUUGAGGAGUUGGAUAGAGACGGUGAUGGCCAAGUAACUCUGGAAGAUCUAGAAGUUGAAAUGAGGAAACGAAAGCUGCCACGAAGAUAUGCUAAAGAAUUUAUGAGCCGUGCCAGAAGUCACUUAUUUUCCAGGUCUUUUGGUAUGAAACAGUUUUUAUCAUUAAUGGAACAGAAGGAGCCAACAAUUCUUCGUGCAUAUACUUCUCUUUGUCUAAACAAGUCAGGGACACUGAAGAAGAGUGAAAUAUUGGAGUCACUAAAGAAUGCAGGACUCCCCGCAAAUGAAGACAAUGCUGUGGCUAUGAUGCGAUUUUUGAAUGCAGAUUCAGAAGAAUCUAUUUCAUAUGGACAUUUCCGAAAUUUCAUGCUUCUGCUUCCCUCUGAUCGUCUUCAAGAAGAUCCCCGGAGUAUUUGGUUUGAAGCGGCAACUGUAGUUGCUGUUCCACCGGCAGUUGAAAUUCCUGCAGGAAGCGUACUAAGAUCUGCGUUGGCAGGUGGCCUUUCCUGUGCCCUGUCUUGUGCCUUACUGCAUCCAGUUGAUACCAUUAAGACACGAGUACAAGCAUCAACCAUGUCCUUCCCUGAAAUAAUUUCUAAGCUGCCAGAGAUUGGAAGGCGGGGUUUAUACAGGGGGUCAAUCCCUGCAAUUCUUGGACAGUUUUCAAGCCAUGGCUUGCGAACUGGGAUAUUUGAAGCAAGUAAAUUGGUGUUGAUAAAUGUUGCUCCAACACUACCAGAACUCCAGGUACAAUCUGUGGCAUCAUUCUGUAGCACAUUUUUGGGAACAGCUGUGCGGAUCCCCUGUGAGGUGUUGAAGCAAAGGUUACAGGCUGGUCUUUUUGACAACGUGGGUCAGGCUUUUGUUGCGACCUGGGAGCAGGAUGGUCUUAGGGGUUUUUUUCGGGGAACCGGAGCUACCCUGUGCCGUGAGGUUCCAUUUUAUGUGGCUGGCAUGGGGCUUUACGCUGAAUCUAAAAAGGUUGUUGAACGAUUACUAGAGCGGGAACUUGGUCCCCUGGAAACAAUUGCAGUUGGAGCUUUAUCUGGUGGCUUGGCGGCUGUUGUGACAACACCAUUUGAUGUCAUGAAAACUAGAAUGAUGACUGCACAAGGCCGGUCUGUGUCAAUGUCCUUGAUAGCCUUCUCUAUACUAAAACAUGAGGGACCCCUUGGCUUGUUCAAAGGUGCAGUGCCCAGGUUCUUUUGGAUUGCACCUCUUGGUGCUAUGAACUUUGCAGGUUAUGAGUUGGCAAAGAAGGCCAUGAAUAAAAAUGAGGAGGGCAAGGCAGGCGGUUCAGAUUAA